AUGACUAUCAGGGAACCUUCCAGCACCCCGCGAACAGCUGCUACCCCUGCUCCACUAGGAAAGGGAAAGCAGAAGGCUUCUGAGCAUCCCAAGCCUACUCUAGAGUCUUUGAAUGAGAACGGCAUGCCUGCCAAGAAAGCCUUCGACCUGUACACCAAUCCUGCGAGCAACAAAAAAUCUAGUCAGUGCCAUCCUGGGGAGGGCUGCAGCGACCUUUCUGCAAAGAGGGCUCGAAUGGAAGACCCUCCAGCACCAACUCCUACCAAAGAGACGACUCCUCCCUCAACUCCUGUUAAUCAAAAUCCACCAGCUCCAGUCGACCAGACUCCUCCUGCAGCUCCUGCUAACAUAACUCCUCCAGUUUCCACUGACCAGACACCUUCUGGUCAUCCAGAAAAAGCUCCAGGAGAAGCUCUUACGAAUGCGGGAGUUCUCACCAUGAGCUCUGGUUGGUGGAGCUCGAGAGCACUGGUUGCUCAGUUCGAAAAGAGAGUUAACGAUCAGCUCAGCAUGGUUGAGGAAAAUCAUGUCGAGCAUCUCAAAACAAUCGAGGCUAAGCACACCGAGCAGCUCAAGGAGGUUGAGGCGAAGCAUGCUGAGGCGUUGGAAAUAGCUGAGGCCAAACUUGUCGCACUCGAGGAGGAGCUGAAGAAGAAAGAAGCAUCAAUUACUAAGAGUACUGCUCUAAAGAGUUGUACAAGGAGGCAUCGUUGA